GCACAAGCAGCUAACAGGCAUCUCAUUCUAAGAAGCAUCUCACAGCCUGAGAACGGAACGGAAUAAUGUCGCAUUUUCACAUAGAAAUGCCAGCUAGGUCCAUUGUACUGGUGGUCAUGGCGUGCUUCAUAGUACUUACAUCAGCUGUCUCGUCCUGGUGGCAAGCAACGAGGCCUGGUGCUUCCCAAGGAUGAAUCCACGCUGGACGAGUCAAGAUGGACUCUCCCGGGAAAUGCGCGCUUGUGCCUCGAGGAAAUCGACGACUUCGUCGCGAGUCCUACUCUCGAGAUAGUACCUCAGGCCAGCAUGCUUCGUGAAGCGUUUUGCGAGGAAGGCGACGGCGUCAACCGCGGCGUCGCUGGGUCGUCGCCGAGCCUCCGUUUGUCGCAAGAAAAAAACAGGCUGAAUCUGUCGGCAUUUAAGCAUCUCUGGAAGGCAUCCUAACGCAUCUGGCUGCCUUUGGUGUGUCCGACUCCUCUUCAGCGCAGCAGCGACGAAUUUCCUCCACCCCUCCCAAGUCCAGCAGCCUCCUGUGGCCCUCCUGACCACGCCUGUUUCUCUCAGCCACAGAAUCUUCCCCUUAACUCUCAUCCACCUUUUGAACCCGCCAUCAGCCAAACCCGUUUGCAGCCAUGGGGCUCCACGAAUCCCUCCGUCUCCUCCGCGUCAUCGUCUCUCUCUCCCUCCUCGCCACGCUGGCAUCCCUCACCACGGCGCAGCCGCAGCAGCGCGGGCUGGUGGAUCUGAAGACGAUCCCCGAGAACUCCGUGUCGUCGUGGUCGCUGCAGGGGCCGCCCGGGCUGCGCAAGGAGAGCAGCCCGGGACAGUUCAAGCUGGUGGGGCCCGUUGUGAUCAACGUACUCAAAGUCAUCCGCCCUCAGUUCACGCCUGUUCAGGCCGAGUGGCUGUCCUCCAAUCUGACAUCAGACCCUUCCACGUGGACAGCUUUCAUUGCGCCACCUGCAGGCCCCGGCGAAUUUGCGAAUCUGACCUUAGAGAACCCUGUGGUGCAGAUCUGGGGCGGCCGUUUUAACAUCGACAACACGACGAGCGACUAUUCGUUCACGCCCGAAAACACGAGGCUGCUCUUCUCCCGUGUCUCGGGCAGCCUGCUGCGAUCUGAUGUGGACAAGCAGAAUGUGGUGAUCACACUGCCUGCGGAAAAUAUCCCCACGCUGAAUGGGAAAUUCAUCCGAAGGGGUCCCGUUUUUGAGCUCAUUUCUGGUGGCGAGCUGGACAUCCCACUCCGUGUCAUUUUCGCAGCCAUUGCUCCCCCUCGUCGUGGGCCUCCUCCUCCCGGUCCGGGCAUCACUGCCUCCUUUGCCCGCAUCCUGCUCUCCUUCAAGGCAGCUGGAGUGUUCCGCAAAUAAGGGUGAUCCGGCUCCCGGCGGCGCACCUCUCCCCUUCUCUGCGCCAUGCUCUCCUUGUUUCCCCUCCUUUCUUCUUGUCUCCCCACUCCCCUACCCUGCCCCUUCCCCGCCUCUCUGACUCUUCCCAGUGCGGUGGUUGUCGCACUUGGUGUUGAGUCAGGCCCUCCUCCUCCUGGGCCUAAUUUCCCUGACGAAGUUGUCAUGCAAGUCAAGCUCAGCCUUCAAGCCAUUGGUCGCCAGCAUCCCCGAUCCACUGGCCCGCAUCCCGCACCUGCUGGUCCGGGCAGGGAGCCUCCCCCUCUGGCCGGCGUCCCUUCCCCUGCCCCUGCUCCUGGCCCCGCCCCUGUUCCUGCCCCUGCCCCUGCCCCUGGCCCUGGCCCUGUUCCUGCACCUGCUCCCACCCCAGCUACCGAGAAAUAGGUCCCCUUGUGGGGCCAGUAGAGGAUUUAGGACGUGAGCAUGUUGUGUAUGUUAGAAUACGAGAAUGAUUUACUAGGAAGAGAAAUCUAGAACAAAUACCUGUUGGGUUG